AGGAAGGAUUCCCGGAUUGCUAGUAAACUACCACAAUAAUACAUUCUUAUAAGCCAAACCUUACCUCACCCUUGCCACUCCUUUUUCUGUUCUCCUUACUUCUUUCUCGCUCACCGCCAUGUCGGGGGUGGACCAGCAGACCGCAACGUCUGCUACGACAGCUACCUUCAUCACUGCGCUUGUCUUCAAUGCUGCAGUCUUUGGAAUUGAGAUAGGCCUAUUCACAGUGCUACGUCCAUACUUCAAACAAAUCUAUGAGCCGCGCACACGAGUUCCGGUUGAGAAGGACCGUGUCAAACCUUUCGAGGCUGGAUUUUUAACUUGGCCUAUCGCCCUGUUCAAGACAGACUAUCGUGAUGUUCAACAAGUCAACGGACCAGAUGCAUAUCUUUUUGUCCGAUUCUUGCGGAUGAUGAUCCGCGUUCUUCUACCUAUUUGGUUUAUUUCCUGGAUCGUGCUCAUGCCGGUCACCUCUGUCAAUAACUCAGUUGCCAACAACACCGGACUAGAUCGUUUCAUCUUUGGAAACGUUGCUCGCAAUAACCAAGAUAGAUAUGCCGCCCACAUCAUCCUCGCAUAUCUCUUCACUUUUUGGAUUUACUGGAAUAUCAGACGGGAAAUGCAACACUUCACCACAGUCCGUCAGCUGCACCUCGUCAAUCCUGCACAUUCCCAAUCUGUACAAGCAAAUACGAUUCUUGUAACCGGUAUUCCUGCUAAACUUCUUACUGAGCCCGCACUUCGCCAGUUGUAUUCCCACCUUCCUGGUGGUGUGAAAAAGGUUUGGCUCAAUCGGGAUCUGAAGGAACUUCCCUCUGUCUACGAUCGUCGCUUGGCUGCUUGCGGAAAACUGGAGUCCGCGGAGACAUCACUACUUUCAACGGCGGCUAAACUUCGACGAAAGGCACUGAAGAAGGCUACCAGCGCUGGUGAUCCGUCCCCUUCUGCGGACCCCGAGCGCAAUGUGGCUUUGGCGGAGCGUCUUGUGCCUCAGGAUAAGCGGCCUUCGCACCGUCUUCCAGCCGGUUUUAUGCCUUUCUCGCUCCCCUUCAUCGGCGAAAAGGUCGACACGAUUGAUUGGUGCAGGCAAGAGAUUGCUACUGCUACACGACUGUUGACUACAGGCCGCCAAGCUCUCGCCGAUGAAGGCCUUUCACUCCCAGAAGAUGUCAAUGGAGAUGGACAAGUUGACAAAAAUGACCGCGCCAAACAGACUUAUCCACCACUCAGUUCCGCGUUCGUCACUUUCAACCAACAGAUCGCUGCUCACCUUGCAGUUAACGCCUUAACUCACCAUGAACCGUACUGCAUGGCCGACCGAUACCUCGAAGUCUCUCCUCCUGAUGUGAUCUGGGGUAAUCUUGGGCUCAACCCAUACGAAAAGCGCAUUCGAGUGGUGAUCAGCUAUAGCGCCACUGCAGCCCUAAUCAUCUUUUGGUCUAUUCCCGUUGCCUUUGUCGGUAUCAUUUCCAAUAUCAAAGGCCUUUGCGUUCGCGAAUCGUGGCUCGCUUGGUUAUGCUCGCUACCAGCCCCUGUCGUCGGAAUCAUACAGGGCAUUCUGCCCCCCGUGCUACUCGCCGUCCUUAUGAUGCUCUUGCCGAUUGUCCUUCGUCUCCUUGGGCGUUUCGAGGGUAUUCCGACGCGCACAGGUCUCGAGUUGAGCUUGAUGACACGGUUCUUCAUUUUCCAAGUAAUCCACUCGUUCUUAAUCGUCACUUUGAGUUCGGGCAUCGUUGCGGCUCUUCCAUCACUCCUUGAAAACCCCAGUUCGAUCCCGAGUCUCCUGGCUCAAUAUUUGCCCGAAGCGUCGACUUUCUUCCUGACAUACAUUCUUCUUCAGGGAUUAUCUGGCGUAGCGGGAGGAUUUUUGAAUGUCGUUGCGCUCAUCCUGUACUACGUCAAGCUGUAUAUUCUAGGCAGCACGCCACGCUCUGUUUAUAACAUCAAGUAUGCACAGUCAACUGUCGCUUGGGGCACGUUAUUCCCGUCCAUCACUCUGCUCGUCGUCAUCACGUUUGCUUACUCCAUUAUCUCGCCCGUGAUCAAUGGCCUUGCAUGCUUUACAUUUAUCCUUUUCUAUCUCCUCUACAAGUACCUGUUUCUAUUCAAGUACACGCAGCCGCCUUCGGCUGAUACAGGAGGCUUGUUCUUCCCAAAGGCGAUUCAACACGUGUUCGUUGGGAUGUAUGUUCAACAGAUCUGUCUUUGUGCCUUGUUCUUCCUCACAACGGAUUCGAACGGGAAGCCAGGCGCAAUUGCAGAGGGCGCGCUCAUGGUUGUAUUGAUCGUUCUCACCGCCGGCUACCACGCCAUCAUCAACAGCUCCUUUGGUCCGCUCACCAGGGCCCUUCCACUCAGUCUUGCGCACAAGACAUUCAGGCAUCCAGAGCCUUCUCUGGAUGAACGGGACAAUGGCGUGUCGGGCUCUCAGCGUAAAGAGACGGCCAAGGAGGAGAUCGAGGAGGGACCUUCGUCGGCUGACAAGCCUCGCGCCUCGUCCUCCACCGAGUCGGGCGCCGAGCAUGCUUCGCAAAGUGACUAUGAUGAUGUGUUCUAUGCGCGCAGGCCAGACGGCACGGCGGAUUAUGGGUUUGCACAACCGGCUGCGUCCCACCCACAACGCAUUGUGUGGAUCCCCGACGAUUCGCUCGGUUUGGGCCGUGAGGAGGUUCAGACGAAUAAGGAGUCAGGCGUUAAGGCAACAACUCAGAACGCGAAGAUGGAUGAGCACGGGAAGGUGGACGUGACAGGUCCCCCUGUCGACCUUGAAAAGUUCUGAGAGAUGAUCUGGAGUCACUGAGGUUGUUUCCCUUUUUUUCUUGCUGUUGGAAUAUGGUAUCUUUCUUUCUUCCAGCUUCUUGUGCCGCACAUUGCAUUUUACACUUGACUAUACGAUGAAUAUUCAUGUUGUCUCAUCUGGUCUUAUCUGAUUCUUCAUUUGCCCGUUCAAUCACGUCAACCGUUGUAGGUUCAGUAUACCCCUUGUCCAAUACAUAAUCCUGUUAUACACGCCAAUUUAUGGAUAGUCGUUCUGUAAUUCAUGAGUUCUUGAGACAUG